ACCGCCGCGCCUGUUCACCACGAAUUCCGAUUCGCGUCCCUCUAGCGCACCGAAUCCGGUUGUGUCGUUGUUAUUAUUCUUCGUGUCAGUCGGCAGUCCGUCCGUCGGUGUCAAGUGCGCUGGUUGUUUGGUGAGUCCGUUACCGACGUCCGUUGUUCGAUUUCCGAGUUGGUUUAUUAUUUUUAUUUUUCCAAAUUACUGUUUUUCUCCUUGCAAUAUUUAAUAUUAUUGUUUUAUUACGUGCAAAUCGAUCAGUGUGCGCAUCGUCAUCGUCGCGUCUCGUAGAUUAAUAAUCGUGUAGUGCGGCCGCACGUCGAAUCGAGUCGAACGAGUGUUGUCGCGUUAGCAAUCGCACGAACGACGAUAAUAUUGUUAGCGUUCGGCGGGUCGAACGCUGCUCUACCUCGUGCCUCGUCGACAAAUGGACGUCAGCACGUCGUCUACCGACCAUUAUUCCGACUACUACUACACUAAGACGGUGGUCGAUUUGAAUGGAUUGUGAUGAUAGGCCUAGAAGGAGGCGCGCGUAACGGCGGCACCACCUCCACUAGCACGGCACGUCAACAUGCGGCCCAAGCGAUGGACUAUUACAACAGCAAUGUGUUGCGGGCCCGCACCAACGCCGGCCUGUCGUCGACCCGCGGACAGCAGCAGAGGUCUGUCCAGGAUCCGUUGUACCGGAGCAACUCCAGUCUGGAGCUCACGCACCACUCAGACUACCACCACCACCACCACCACCACCUCCAUCAUCACCACCAUCAACAACAGCAACAGCAGCAGCAGCAGCAGCAUCGUCAACAACGCGGUGUCGGCGCCGGCCACCACUUUGGCGGCAGCUCGGCGUACGUCGACUCUCGGGCUGCGGCCACUGACCGGCCGAUGGCCAGCCCGCUGUUGAAACGAGAAUACGGUAGUCACGGUUCCAUCGACGUCAUAUCUUCGGACCGGAAUUCGGCGGGCAGGGCGUCCGCCGGCGAGAACUUCUUCGCGCUGCUGCAGGACUACCGCCCCACCGUGUUGGACAUGAUCGACGGAAACAGUAACAACCGAGAAUUCGCGUACCGAGAAAUGCCGGUCGACACGCCGCCCGAUGAUAGGAUUGCGUCAACUGUGACGAUGAGUAACGGCGGUACCGGUGCGGGUGCCGCAGACAAGACGACCACGUCGCCCCAAGGUCCUAACUCCAGCAGCCCAAAGCUUAGGCUCAAAUUCCACAAGUUUUGGGGAGCCAACAACAAGUUCUCCAGGACCACGGACGACGCGACUUCCGGCGGUCUGCCGGGCACUCCUGUUUCCAAUGCACAGGUGGCGGGCGUUGGAUGCGCAGACUUCACAGGCGAUGAGCGACAGAAACGACGUGGCUUCGCCCAUUACGACGUCCAAUCUCUUACGGCCACUGUGGGCCUGGCAUCAAAACUCCAAAACAUGUUGUCCAGGCGGAGGAACACAGCCACUGGUGCUUCGGCCGCUUCCAUGCUUGCCGCUAGGUCAUCCACGCCAGACAGUGGCGACGAAGACCUCGGCGACGGCAAACACAACAAUCUACUGGACAGCUGUCCGUUCUUUCGAAACGAACUCGGCGGUGAAGUCGAACGAGAAGUGAGCUUGACGCAGAGAACCCAAGCUGGACAGAUAUCCACACUAAAUAAUGGAAAACUGUACCACAGGCCGCGUAUGGCCUACGGUAUAUCGGUCCUCGAGUUUCAAUCCGGAGAAACGCACUGGACCGACAGUAUCUGCCCUGAAAAAUAUUCGAAAUUGAUCGAGACCACCGACGAAGGAGAUUUGUAUUAUCGAUCGUUCUUUUUCGGUCAAGAUCACCAGAAUUGGUUUGGAAUGGAUGAGACAUUGGGACCUGUUGCUAUCAGUUUAAAAAGAGAAAGAGUUGAAACUGAUUUAACAUCUAAUGGUUGUAGUUCAAAUCCAUUAGUUAUGUUUAGAUAUCGAAUUAUUAUCCGAACAAGUGAAUUGCAAACUCUUCGUGGUUCUAUUCUCGAAGAUGCUAUUCCUAACAUCAAACUGUCCAGUAGUUCUAAACAUAUCAAUACAAAAGAUGUCUUAGAAUAUAUUGUUCCAGAAAUUCCUCUUUCAUGUUUAAGGAUGGGCGUGUCAAGUACCAGAGUCGAAGAACUAUUGUUAGGUCUAGAUGAACAAGGUAUUUCUCAUACCUACAAAGUUGGAGUAAUGUAUUGUCGUGCUGGACAAUUUACUGAAGAACACAUGUACAAUAAUGAAGAAGCAGGAUUAGCAUUUUAUCAGUUUAUGGACAGUAUUGCUCAAAGAGUACGACUAAAGGGUUUUAACAAAUACAGAGCAGGAUUAGAUAACAAGACUGAUUCCACUGGACUUUAUUCAUUCUAUAGUCAAUUUCAAAACUGUGAAAUCAUGUUCCAUGUGUCUACCAUGUUGCCAUUUACUCCAAACAACAGGCAACAGCUUCUUCGAAAGCGUCAUAUAGGAAAUGAUAUUGUUACAAUCGUGUUUCAAGAACCUGGAGCUCAGCCAUUUUCUCCAAAAAAUAUUCGUUCUCAAUUUCAACAUGUAUUUAUUGUGGUCAGAGUUAUAAAUCCAUGUACAGAAAAUACUCAGUAUAGUGUUGCCGUUACAAGAUCUAAAGAGGUUGAAAUGUUUGGUCCUCCAAUUCCCUCAGAAGCAGUGUUCAAGAAAUCUAAAGAAUUUAGUGACUUCUUAUUAGCUAAAAUUAUUAAUGCUGAGAAUGCUGCUCAUCGAUCUGAAAAGUUUGCUACAAUGGCAACUCGUACAAGGCAAGAGUAUUUAAAAGAUUUAACAUUAAAUCAAUCAUCAAAUACUACUAUUGAACCAGUGCAAAAGUUUUCAAUGCUGUCAUUUAGCAGUAAGAAAAAAGAGAGGUGGCGACCAAGAUUUCAGCCUGACGCUUCUCAAAGAGGUGCUAUUUGUUGGCAAGUAGUGUUAGAAGAAGGCAAUGGAGUUAUUGGUGGACACUGUCUUCUGGCUAUAUCAUCAGACUCCAUGGUCCUUGUAGAAGAAAAUAAUCAUGACAUAUUAUUAGUUGUACCUUGCAAGUCUAUAUUGGGCUGGACAACUCAAACUAAUAGUUUACGAAUAUAUUACCACGAGGGAGAAUGUGUUACCUUGCAUAUGCAUGAAGGUUGCAGUGACGGUGAUAGAGAUGAAUUGAUGGAAGUUGUAGUUAGAUUACGAGCAGUAACUCAGGGUUCUGUUGCCCAGGAACUAUCAUUACACCGCAAUUCCUUAGGCCAAUUAGGGUUUCAUGUUCAACCCGAUGGUUUGGUUACACAAGUAGAAAAAUCUGGCCUUGCUUGGGAAGCUGGUCUCAGGCAAAACUCCAGACUCAUAGAGAUAUGCAAAGUAGCUGUUGUCACACUCUCACAUGAUCAAAUGGUGGAUUUAUUGAAGACUAGUGUUCUUGUCACAGUUACUGUAAUUCCACCUUUCCCGGAUGGUUCACCCAGAAGAGGUUGCCAUGUUCAAAAUUGUUCCUAUCGUGCUGACAACAGUAGUUCUCCAAAAGGAUAUGAGAGUGAAUAUGAAAAUGUUGCAGGUAUGUCAGCUGUAACUAGUCCUAGAAAACAAACAGCUCUGCAACAACCAGUUACUGGCAAUCAUAGAAAAAUGUAUGAACGCAGCCUGUCACCACCAAGGUCUAGCAAUAGUUCAGGUUAUGGUACCAUGGGCAGUAAUAAAUCCUAUACAACACCAAUGGAUACUCGUUUUCCUCAAAAUCCUGAGGGUACAUUGACAAGUUCAUCAAGUGGUCAUUCAUCUGAUGAUCGUUGGUACGAUCUAUUAGAAGUUCCAUUAGAAGAUCCUCCACCUGUCCCCUCAAGGUUGACACCAACGUCAACCAAAACCCAUUCUAAAGUGCAUGCAAGCAAUUCAUUACCAUUGUCUACUAUGAAUAAUUCAUUUUCUGUGUAUUCUGAUCCACGGAGUAGUAAAAGUGUUGCUGCUCAACAGUAUGAUUUUUUGAACAAGUCUUCUGACCAUAAUAAUGAUCUCCAUAAACAAUUUGACGACCGUUUAGAACAACCACGAAGAUCAACAAAACGAUUAGUUAAGGCAACAAGUGGCCCUGAAUUAGAAAAUACAAGUGGUUUGAUUGACACCAAUCACUUUAAAAAGAAUUUAAGCAAUGGUAACAUACCAGAAACAUUGAAUGAAAGAAUCCUAGUAGCUAGUGAAGAUGAUGUUUCUACAAUUGGAAGCAGUAGUACUGGAUCACCCCAUAGUCAUCGUAAAAGUUUGAAGAACAAUGGCAGUCGAAACCAAAGCCCUCGAUCUGGAUUGGAUAGAGGUGAACCAAGACUUAGACCUGGUAUCUCUGGACGCAAUUCAAAUGCAAGCAGUAGACUCAGUGGCAAUAUGAGUACAUUACAAGAAGAUCUGAUGAAAUUAAUAGAUCCUGAUUAUAAUUUAGAUUCAUCUUUCAUUGAUACUAAAACCACAAUAAAUAAGAAUCCAUCAAGAGAAAAUGUAUCAAAUGUAGAGCAGGGUCAAGUUAUUCUUACCAAAGCUCGUCCUGCCACUGUCAUAUCUAGUGCACCAAGUCCAGCUCUAAGUGAAAUGAAACCACUGAAUCAGGUUGAAAGUGUUGCUGAUUUGCCACUACCAGACACUCCAAUUGAUCGAAUGAAUUGGAAAAUUCUUGUUGAUACAGCUACUGAAGCAUUACGUAAAGUAUCAGCUGGCGCUCAAAUCAAAGAACCAGAGACUACUACUAUCAAUGAAAAUAAAGAUCAAAAUUGGAAUAGCAUGAAUGGUGGUAGUGUUACCAUAUUAAAUUCUUCUAGUACGAACAAAACAAACAUGAGUCCAGAUGAUUUGGAAAUGAUGUUGCGAAGUGAAAUGGAAAUGCGAAUGGAGUUGCAAAACGAGGUAAAACAUUUAAGAGAAGAAAAUCGUCGAUUACAAGAUGAAUCUAACAGCGCUGCACAGCAACUUAAACACUUCACACACUGGUUUUUUCAAAACAUCGAUAAACACCCUGACUGAAAGUAACAGUUGUUUAUAUUUUUUGUUUUUUUUUUUUAAUUAUUAUUAUAUUUUUUUUAUAUAAAUUAUUAUUAUAUGUAUUAUAUGUGUAUAAAUGUUUUACUAAAAGAAAUGUGUGCUGCUCAUAGUCACUGUUGUUUCGUGUCGUUACAAUUUAACUUCUUAUAUAUUUUUGAAUUAGUUGAGUACAUUAUUUUAAGUUAUUAUUUUAUAUUCAAAGUAAAUGCUAUUUAUUUUUUACUAACACACAUUACAUUGCCAAAAGACUGUCUUUUAUGUUAAUUAA